AUGAUCAACGCACACCAACUACUAGCAAAAAGAUUUGCUCAUCCUCGAUAUCUGGCAGUGAUUCGAGCACUCUCUACACAAGUGAAUCAUUUAGCCCGUUAUCAGAAGAUGAACUGGGAGACCUUUCUUUCAACGGGGCGAGGCAGCGACAACUUGUUUCGAUCGAUUGACACCAAUCACACUGACAACAUCACUCCCUCUGAGCUUCACGUCUUCUUGGAUAGUGUUGGCCACAAGGGCGUUCAUCCCCGUGCAUUCAAGAUGCUCAACGAGCUAGCACACGACCAUAAUUUGAGUCGAAAGGAGUUCAAAAGCUGGUUGGUCCUUGCAACCAACUUUCAGCAAGAACAGGAAUCACAGUAUGCCCUAAGUUACGAGCGUCAUCCUCACACCGGUCAACGAAAGCCACAACUUGAUGAGGACAACUUUCAUACUUGGAACGAGCACACGAUGAGUCAAGCUGUGAGAAAGAUGCAAUAUGCCGUCCGUGGUCAAGUUGUCAUGCGUGCUGAUGAGCUCAAAGCAGAGGGAAAAGACAUUCUCUACACUAACAUUGGAAAUCCUCAAGCAGUUGGUCAAUCGCCAAUUACAUACUAUCGGCAAGUCAUGGCGUUGUGUGACCUUCCAGAAGAAGAUGGGGUUGACCACCCAAAUGUUUAUGAGAUGUUUCCUGCUGACGUUGUCAAUCGGGCACUAGAAUUCAGAAAGACGAUCGGACCUGCUGGAACUGGUGCGUACACUGGAUCCCAGGGAAUUUUGCAGUUUCGACACGAUGUAGCGGACUUCAUUACAGAACGCGACGGCCAUCCAGCAUACGCCGGUAACAUCUUCCUAACAAAUGGAGCAUCAUCUGCAAUCGAGCUGGUCCUCACUAGCAUCAUCAGCUCUGAGCUAGACGGAAUCAUGAUUCCAAUUCCUCAAUAUCCAAUUUAUUCAGCCCUUAUCGCGAAACUUGCUGGUCGUCAAGUCGGUUACUUCCUUGAUGAGAAUAGCAACUGGGCGGCGACAGAAUCAGAGCUUACGCAAAGGCUGCAGGAAGCCCAAGCAAAUGGUAUCGAUGUCAAGGCUCUUGCAAUAAUCAAUCCUGGAAAUCCUACGGGGCAAGUCUACUCGCGAGAAGAUCUGGAAGUAAUCUGCAAGUUUUGCAGUGACAACGGCAUCGUGCUUCUUGCAGAUGAGGUUUACCAACGCAAUGUUUACAGUCCAUCGAAGUCAUUUUUAAGCGCGAAGAAGGUAGCACUGGAAACUCCAGGCUGUGAAUAUUUGCAACUAGUGAGCUUUCACUCUACGAGCAAGGGGGUGAUUGGCGAAUGCGGGAGACGUGGAGGUUACAUGGAAUUGCACAAUAUUGAUAAAACUGUUCAGGCUCAGCUGUACAAGCUUGCUUCGUCUGGAUUGUGCUCCAAUGUUCCUGGUCAAAUCACGACAAGCCUAAUGGUGAAACCUCCAAAGCGGGGAGAUGUGUCCUACGAUCGAUUUCAAAAAGAAGAGAAUAACAUCUUCAACGGAAUGAAAAACAGGGCAAAGGCUUUGGUCGAGAGCCUCAACAAGGUUGAUGGUAUAAGUUGUAAUCCAGCGGAAGGUGCAAUGUAUGCAUUCCCAAGCAUUGAGCUUCCUCCAAAAGCUAUUGCAGCUGCGGAUGAGCAGCACGUUUCACCAGAUACACUGUACGCCCUAUCUCUCCUGGAAGAAACUGGAAUUUGCGUAGUCCCGGCAUCUGGAUUCGGUCAAAAAGAAGGUCGCUUUGGAUUCAGAACUACCUUUUUGCCUCCAGAUGACAAAAUGUUGAGUGCUGUUGACAAGUUCAAGAGCCAUCACGAGAAUUUCUGCGCAAAGUACUCAUGA